CUGUUCCGCGCCGUAUCGCCACGUUCCAUACGGGGGCGGUUUGGCUGAUGAUUAUGAAGAGUGUGUCUGUACCUGGCUAGAGAAAAGAAAGUCGAUGGAAACUGGGCCGUUAUCCUGUACAGGGGAAGCGAGAAGUAGCAGAAAACGGCGCAGGAGGAGCGGGAGAUGCGCUAGCUCCCUUUUCAGGGCUGAAGACGUCCGAUAUCGAGAUCACAGUUGAGAUACGACACUCAUAGGCACCAAAAAACGCUGCAGGGAGUAGGAGCCACUCGGCAGUACAUGGUCUUAGGCGAGAAGGAUUUCACCAGCUGAUAUAAAGAAAUGCCUCACAGUGGAUGGUUUAGGAGGCGGCUGUUUCGUCUCAUAGCGUGUUCCCGUGCCAAAGCCAAGGGCAUCAAGAUCACCAGAAGAGACUUGAAGAUUUUCAUCCCUGCCUUUCUAGCCCUGUUCUCCAGUGCAUACUCCAUCACAAUGCUGUUUCCAUUCCUGCCAUUCAUGGUCCAGUUCCUACUGCCUCAGGUAGAGGAGGAGAACAUCGGAAAAUAUGCUGGAUUCAUUGCAUCAUCCAUGUUCCUGGGACGUUUCUUUGGAAGCUAUGCAUGGGGGGCCCUAGCAGACAAGAAGGGCCGUAAGCCGGUGGUGAUAGUCAGCUGUGUUCUGAUCGGCCUCUCCUCUGCUGCUUUUGGUUUCAGCGUCCAGAUCUACAUGGCCGUCGUAUUCAGAUUCUUUGUUGGUCUGUUCAAUGGUGUGGCAGGUACGGUGAAGGCUAUCAUAUCGGAGUCCACAACCAACCGAUCCCAGGCCCUGGGCAUGUCUCUCAUCAUCUGUGCCUUCAGUCUGGGCCUGAUCAUGGGUCCUGCAGUCUCUGGGGCUCUAGCUGACCCCAUCGGUCAGUACAACCUCAAUAUAUCAAGUGAGUAAAGUGGGGGUCCCUUUAAUUAAGACACCAAUGGGGUAGAAGGAAGCCUCCAUAUUUGCCAUGUAUAAAAUAAAAAAAACACCAUGUGAUGCCAAGAGAAAAAAGAUGGGGAGCUCUGGACAGCUGUUUCGGGCUUGUUGGCCCUCAUCAGCAGAGCGUACUCAACUUCUCUCUCUGGCAUCACGAGUUUAUAAAGGCUAUGCAAGAACUUAUUGUAACAAUGUCGAUAACCUGUGGAAUUAUUCAGGCAGUAAAAUAUUUUUUCAUGUAACGAGAGUGGAGUCCUCUUUUCGGUAUCUCUCAGUGUUCAUGCUGUUUGGUACAC